AAAAAAUUUCCAAGGGCAUGAUGGAGAGAGGCCACAAUAGGGACUCUGAGCAGUGCCGCGUGAAGGUCAAGGAGCUCAGACAAGCCUAUCAAAAAACAAAGGAGGCAAACGGUCGCUCCGGGUCAGAGCCGCGGACAUGCCGCUACUACGCCGAGCUGCAUGCAAUUCUAGGGGGGGCUGCCACCACUACCCCACCUUUGUUCGUGGAUUCUGGGUCGGGGAUAGUCUCGACGCCUGAGGAUUCUGCCGAUGGGGUAGAGGAGGAGGAGGAGGAUGAGCUUGCAGAGAGCACACAGCACUCCCUUCUCCCCAACAGCCAGGAUCUUUUUAUCACCCCGACUGAAGUACCCUCCCAAGCCUCCCAAGCCAGUACCCAAGACUCUGACCCCAUGGAAGGGACCUCAGCAGCUGCAAAUUCCUCAAGCCUCCCUCCUCCAUCCCGAAGGUUAUCACAGAUAAGGCGUCGUAAGAAGAAGACGCGGGAGGACAUGUUUUCUGAAAUUAUGCAAUCCAGUAGGAGUGACAGAGCUCAUCUGAAUGAGUGGAAGGAAACAGUUUCAAAGUAUAGGAAAGAAGUCAGUGAACGUGAGGACAGGAGGGACCAACGUGAGGAGAGGAGGGACCAACGUGAGGAGAGGAGAGACGAUCGAGAUGAGAGAUGGCGGCAGGAAGACCAGAGGAUGAAGGAUGCAAUGCUGGGGCUGCUCCGGCGUCUGGUGGAGGUUCAGGAACGGCUGCUGGAAAACAGACUGCCGCUUCAGCCCCUGUUCCACCCUCCCCCCUCCCCAUGUUCCGUAUCCUCCUCACCCAGACGUGUAAGAACGCGGGGGGGAGGCUCCGUACACCUUCCCAUUCCACCCCAGUAGACAGCCCAAGCAAAAGGCUGUCAUUUUUUUAACCUUUUCUUUGUGGCUUUUUCCUUCCCAGCAAUCCUCCUCCCAAAUACCACCCGGGUUCCCUCCCUCUUUUUCUAAUCUAUUAAUAAAGAAUAAAUGAUUUUUAAA